AUGGAACCUAACAUCUGUACCCACCGAUAUCACGCGAUCCAGACAAAUCUUCAAAGGUGCGAACUAGCCACGGCCGAAUUUAUAACAGAGGCAACCAAGCGAGAGAUAUCUUUUGCUCUGGUUCAAGAGCCCUAUAUCGGUCGAAUUGGUCAAAUGAAGAAUUACUCGGGGACGAGAAUAGCACAAAGCUACAGAAGCCAGAACACUGAAAAAGUGAUUAAGGCAGCUAUUGUGCUAUUCAAUGACACCAUUGAUAUGACCCAAUGCCCCGGCCUAACAACAGAGAAUAUUGCAGGCGCUAAGCUGAGCACCGGGGCAUGGGACUUGGGGGUGGUGUCUGUCUACCUAGAGGGCGAUACACCAAUCGACCCUUAUCUAGAAAUGAUCGAUGCGGCCGUGGUGGGUCUACGGACAAGACACGUGAUACUAGAUGUAAAUGCAUGGAACACCUGGUGGGGAAGCCGGAAAACAGACAGCAGAGGAAUAGAGGUCGCCGCAAAACUUGAUCAACUAGAAUUCCAUAUUCUGAACAGGGGGACUGAGCUCACUUUUGAUACAUAUAGAGGUGGGAAGAGGUUCUCCAGCUGCGUGGACAUAACUAACUGCUCGACUAGCCUACUCGGAAGGAUGAACAACUGGAGACUAUCCGACGAAAUAACCAGUUCGGACCACAGGGCGGAUUGCCCUGUGGUCCGAACUGGUUUUUUUUGA